UAUGGCGGAGGCGAAGACGUCAGGGAAUGAGACUCCUUUAGAUCCAGCGGUUCCUGCCACGGAGAUUAAGAAGCGUGAGAGACACGGAGCCGUGUCUUGGGAUGACGUAGCCACCAAACUGCUGCAGGAGCGGUUGUUGCUCACAGCCCUUGAGCUGCACACGGAGCUGGUGGAGGCUGGCUGCGAGCUGCCCAGACUGAGGGAGUACUUCUCUAACCCUGCCAACUUUGAACAGUACACACCCAAGACCUACCAAGACCUGCACUCUGGUAGUACAUACAGUGGACUCAUACUCCCACGAUCAUCUAGCCAGACAACUCUAGACUCUUUGGACUGGGGGCAUCUCAGUGAAGAUGGAGAAAGAGCUGUUGAUGAGCGAGUGGCCGUCCUGGAGUUUGAGUUACGUAAGGCUCGUGAGACCAUCCAAGGACUCAGAACAAAUCUUACACAAGCAACAGAAUCAAAACCAUCAUCUGUUGAAAAGAAAGAAGCUGAUAAACCAGCACUUGUGGCAUCUUUGUCAUCCAUCCGUCCACAUGAAAAGAGAACCUUGAACUUCCUGAUCAACGAAUACCUUGUGACCAACUCAUAUAAGCUAACUGCCAUCACCUUCGCUGAUGAAAAUGAUGAUCAGGAUUUUGAACACUGGGAUGAUGUGGGAUUAAAUAUAGGUCGGCCGCCCAAUCUGGUGCAGCUGUUGAGAGAGGGCGGCCACACUACAACCCAACUCAGUUCAUGUGCUUCCCAGACAGACAGUAGCUCACAAUGCCAGAUCUCUCAGCAGGAAGAACAGCUUAAAAGAUUACAAGAAGAACUACAUGAAGCAAAGAACAUGUUUGCUGUUCAAGAGAGAGAAUUACAAAAGUUGAAACGAAGGACCUCCACCCCAAGUGUUACUCCUUGCACGUCACCCAAGAAGCAAACAGAUCGCACACAAGCCGAAGGACACACAUAUAAUACUGACAAGUUGAGCCCACUUGGUGUUGAUAAAGAUGGUAGAGAGUCUCCUGAAGGCACCUCUGAUAACGAAGAAACAUCAGGAGGUGGAGGAUUUGUCAUGGUAACGGCUGCAGCAGUGCCACUAAGGACCCAAACAAUUGGUUCCUCAAUAGAUAUUGAAUCUGAGGACAGUAGGGAAAAUACCAAAGAAGUUAAUAGUCAAGAUAGUGUUGACCAUGUUGUGAGAAGUGAGUUAAUAAAUGCUGUUAGUGGCUAUGAAGAUCCUUCAGAAUCUAUUGAGGUUCUGAUACAAACUAGUCAUGGAGAUACACAGGACAAUUUAAGCGAACAACUCUCAGAAGCCAUGGAAAAUAAAGUCGUGUUGAAUGAGGAAGAGGUGACAGUAAAGCCAGAGAUCAGUUUACAGGAAUCCUGCAUUGGAUCUGAUGAAGUUCCAGAAGCUGUUGAUGAAAAUAGUACUUCUGUCAGUCAAGAUCAACAACCUCAGGUAGCAGAUGUGAGAAUUGCAGACAUCAACAUGGGGGGUGAAUAUGCAACAGAGAAAUAUUUGGAACUGCUGAAGACUGAGGCCAAACAAUUACUGAGGGCAUCUUCAGAGAGACGUCCACCAGAAGCUUUCGAGCAACAGAUACUGCAGGCCAGUCUGGGCCACACGGUGCGGAGAAAUUCCCGGAUACAGGCUGAAGUGGCGACUCUAGGCCAGGGUAGCCAAGACCUUCUGAAUGUUAUAGCGACAUCUUUACACAACAUUGCUCCUAAUGUCAUACUUGCUAAGCGUGAGGAAUUAUUGCCACUCUUGAUUUGUGGGGUUAGUCUUCACAAAGAUGGAAAAGAAAGGGAGCGUUUACUCCACCUACUGUUUAACUUGAUAAAACGGCCAGACGAGGAACAGCGCAGCACUAUUCUAACAGGGCUUGUCGGUCUGGCUCGUGUGCUUGGGGCCACCAAACUUGAGGCUGAACUCUUACCACAGUGUUGGGAGCAGCUGACACACAAGUAUGUUGAGCGCCGGCUGCUGGUAGCUCAGUCUACAGCUACCCUGGCUCCAUACACCCCACCACCACUGAGAAACUCCCUUUUGCUCUCUAUGUUGCUGCAACUCCUGGCUCCGGGGGGUGAGAAGGAGACGCAGGUGAGAGAAGCAGCACUGACCAGCCUUUCCCUCUUGGUCACUUUCCUCGACGACCGAGACAAGCUGCCUGUUCUGGUGGACACCUUGCUAUAUUGCCUUGAGAAUGUUGGGACGACCGCUGACAUGUCGCCUCAUGCCACAUUAGACCCAUCUAUGUUGGCAACAAGAUCACAAGCAUCACCCAGUGCUAUGGACCUGUUCAUUGCUUCUUUAGCCAUGUGGGCUGUUGAAACUAACAGAUUGAAUCUCAUAUUAGAUCCUUUACUAGCAAAACUUAGUCAUUUGGUAGUCCAUUACAAGCAGCAACAAGUGCAGACUUCACCACAAGUCUUGGGGCAAGAGUCAAUCAUAUCUGUGAUAGAGGCUCUUAUAAAGAUAUUACCAUUCAUACUGGCAACUCUUAUCAAUUCGGUACCUGCUGUAGAUGAUCUCGAUAAAACUGUUACUUCUCUAACCUCACUGUCAGCAUGUAGUGCCUUGGAGGAAUUACAAGUUAUAAUUGGAGACAAAGCUAAGGCUGAAGCUGGUCUGACUAAGCUUCACCAAUAUGUAUCAAAAGAAUGGUUUAAGUCGUGGAAGGAACUCGAGUAUGUUACUAAUGAGUUCUUGCCCGCCAUUGUCGAUGUGCUGUCUCAUAUAGAUACUUCUGCUGUGCCAGUAAUUCAAGCAUUUAUAAGAUUAUUUACUCAGUUGCCAGUAUGUUUUGGGCCUCAUAUAACAGCAUCCAGCAUUACUCCUAUUUUUAUGAAACAUCUCAGCAUUGAUGACUCUGCUCUUGAAACAGUUCGUCUAGGAAACACUGGCCUCACUAGCUCACUGGUGGUUGUUUACAUUGUAGCUCUCUUGGCAUCAAAUCAAGGAUACUCUGAUAGGCCAGGGGAACUAGAAGGGUUUUUGACAAGACACAUCAGCAUUCUUUCCCUGUGUCGGGCACAGCCGGAUGCACUCUACGUCACUGUCUCCACCUUACUUCAGUUAGAACGUAAUCAAGAAUCUGUCCUCGGAGCCUUAUGGUCAUGUGUGGUUCACAAAUCUAACAUGGUGAGAGCCUGUAGUGCAGGGUUGUGGAGUGUGGUGGUGGGUAACGUGGAGGAUGGGGCACUUGGGUCUCGUGUGGUGCCGGCUCUGGUUACCCUGGCGACAGACCCAGAUAUACAUGUCAAAGCUUCAGCAGUUCACCCCUUGGCUACUGUUAUAACAACCACAACAAACACUGAGGUGUUAGAUAAAGUGUGGCUUCAACUGGAGACUCUGGCUGAAGAUCCCUCUUUGUUGGAGAACUUGAAUUUCCAGUUGGCUUUGUGUCGCACAUGCUCUCGCCUGGCCCACACAGCACACCCUCGCCUCAUACACCAGUUCUUGCUGCCACGUUUGUGUCGACUGGCGAUGGACGGGCGGCAUAAUGAAGAAGAAGGAGCGAUACUGGGAGUAGGGCUGUUGGAGGCUUACUCAUCCCUCACCUGCUGUCAUUUGCCAGACCAUGUAGUGGCACACUUUGUUCUUCCACCACUCACGCAGCUUCAGAAAACGUUGGGAUCUACAACGUUUGAGCACAUGGAGACCAUCACUGACCUGUUACGGGAAUACAGUCUGCGCACCCAAGCUUCCCAGGGACUAGAAAGACGCAAAUCCAAUUUGUCUCUCACUGGAUCACUGCCUGUCCAUCCUGGAGUUGAUGACAUGAAGAACAAGAUGAGUAAAAUGUUUGCUUCCCGCCCAUCUGCCAAUGUUUUACAAGCCAAAGCUCAAGCCAUAAAUGUCAGUUUGCCAGGAUUUUUGAAGAAAAAAUAGAAAAAAGUUUAUUCUUGGCAUUAAGAUUUGGUGUGUCUCCAAGCUCUGCCUGAAGUCAGUCAGCUGUGCAGUGAUUAUCUUCCUUCUCUCUUUCUUCUUCUUCUGGCACAGUAGUUAGAAGAGUGUAAGAUGUUAAAGGGAUAUGGAAGUUUAGAAAUCUCUGCAUGUGGCUGGGAAGAGAGGUAAAUGCUGUGGAUAAGUCAAGUAAAUACUUUCUGUUAACUUACAGUCCGUACCCAUAACUGGUGCAGUCAAGAGCUAUACAGACUCAACCUUCCUUAGCUGUCAUUCAUUCUCUCUUAACAUCUCUUUAUAGAUUUCUUGUGAUGGUAUUUCCUCUCACAACUUGCUCUACAUACUUGUCCAAAAAUACUGUCUGUGAACUUUGAGAUAUUUCUACCUUCUCGAUUUUCAUUACAAUAUUGAGGGAAUUUUUUUACAUAUCCUUUUGAUCUUGAAUUUUACCACAUAUCAUAUCUCUUCACUAUUUCCCUAGAUAUCUCUUACUUGAACUUGUGACUUUGAUCAUUUAUGAAAGCCGAUCAUAUCAUCAUGUGUACAAAUCAGUGCCUGGAUUCUCAAAGAGGGUUUUUCAGAAGGUAACCCAGUCAUCAAUUAGGGUCUGUCUCUACUGUACUGUACUCUGACUUUUCCUUGUAACUGGGGAGGAGUUCAUGCCUCAAGUUACAGUACUGUAGUCUCAAUGAAAUUUUGACCCCAGUUUGAUAGUUAUCUUUCUUUACUUCAUAUAAAUACACCUGAUCUGUCCUCACAUCUUCAGUUAUUAGAGAGUAUUUGAAUUCGUAAAUCUCUCGGAAUUCUGUGCCAUUUAUACAAAGCAUAAUUGAUAAAAUUACUCAUGCACCAUCUGGCAGGAGGCUUCAUAAUAUAGUACAAUGUAGGGUUGCCACACAGAUGGUAAAUUAGGAAAAAAUGAAAUUUUUUUUUCCUGGUCAGGAUUUUUAUUUAUUUUUUGACAAUGAACUUGAGGAUAAUAUAACAGAGCCUUUCGUAUCUAAAUAUAGUUUUUAAAGUAUUUUUGUUAGAUGUAGUAUUGAGACUGAAAAAUUAUUUGAUGACCAGAAAGAAAAUGGAAAAAAAAAGACAAAAUACAAAUUGAAAUUGCUUAAAAAAGGAACAUUGUUGAUAUUGGUGUCAUCUGGCAGCUUUUUCAUACUUAAUGCAGUUUGCUUCUCUUAGUGAUAUAAUAGGGGAGGGUAAAUCAUGAUUAUAUUUUACUAGUUUAGUUUAAUACAGGUACAGUACAGUACUGUAUAGUAUAGUGCUUUUGUGUGUACAGUACAGGAAGCUGGUGAUUUAUGAUAUUUCUGUUUCUAAGGAUUCUGUUUAACAUAUCAAAUAAUUGUAGACCAAAAUCAGAAACAUACAACCUCCUCUAUAUAAUAUGUCCAACAUGAAAUGUGGUAUUUUGAAUUGUAUAUUAGGCCAAUGCAGUACAGUAGGUAGGAAUUUUGCCGGAGUUUUUGUAAGCAGUACUGUCUUGUAUUUAUUUCAACUACUGAGGCAAUGGCUUCAAACCAGGGCAAUGAACCUUCCCAGCAUAAAGGGGACUGCUUCUGGGACCAAGAGGAAGCUAACUGCUGAAACAAUCUAUGCAAAUUCUAGAUGGGAGAUUUGAUUAAAGGGACUGUGACUGCACUGCCCAGCCUGACUCUUAAAACACUAAUUGGUAACAUACAUUGGAGUGUCGGCCUCUUCCUGUGAUGUACUAAAAUAUGACACACCUUGGAUGAAAGCUUAAUUUAUGGCAAAUAAUUUAAUAUCUAUGACACGUGCUAGAUUCAUUGAUCAAAUUGGACAAAACCGGCUUGUCAUGUACGCGAGGGGUUUAAUAGGGUUAAUAUACUGUACAGUAGUGUGGGGUUCAAUAAUAAUCAUCCAUCAUAGAAGACUCUGAAAUGUUUCUUUCUUUGCAAAUUGUGAGAUUUGGGAGAACUCUUGAGAACCAGGAAUGUAUUCUCUUUAUUUCCCGAGGGAGUUGCAUUCGAUUUGCACAGAUUCACAAUUCAAUAUAUGAGGCUUUCAAGUACGUAAACCCAGCCUUGGUGAAUGAGCUUAUGCUGGAUGAAUGUAUACUGUUUACCUCUCCUGUUGUCUUAUCUGGGGAGUCGCAUUAUAGCAUGGGUUUACCCAACUCAGCAUAUGAUUUCAAUGUAUAAUUGUUGUACUGUAUAAGUGUAUGGUAGAUAAGCCAUAUCCAUAUAACUGGUACAUUGAUGCAUUACUUCAAGGUGGUACAGCAUUAGGUCAGAAACCACACAAGUAAGCUAAGAUUGGAGUUGUGUGUUGUUAAUUCCCAGGUGGUAAUUUGUGGUAAUGUUUGUUAGUACAGUACUUGGUUUUAUAGAGCAAAUAGUCAAGUGAAACAUUCCAAGACAAUUACUGCUCAGACUUAUAAAAAGACAACUUGCUGAUCCAGUAGGUUAUCUCACAGUGAACCCAAUGAUGGGACCUCUAACAGUGUCUGGACAGGUGAUGCGUUAUGCUCGUAUGUUAUAAAGCAUUAAGAAGAUUGCUUACCACUGUGAAAUUUAGACUAAUCUCCGACCUGAUUCAGACUCUUCUCUUUGAUCCAGUUCAGUUACCUUUGAAUGGUCCCAGUUUGGUUUAGUAUUGUUCAUUGUAUGUUUUACAACUCGAGGCUAGUUUAACUUCUCGUUGUACCACGGCGCUGACGAUAACAUACGACCAGUUUGUGCCAUCUUUGAUAUUAAUAUGUAAAUUGUCAUUAUAAUUUAAAGUCUCUUGAAAAUGAUCCUUUUUCAUCUUUAGAAAUAGAAACCGAUUGGCAUGUCUGUAAUCAGGUUCAUAUCGAGGCUCUGCAAUAUCAGUGUUACAUUAUUUGAAUACGUUUAUAGGUAUCCCUCGGUAUACAAAUGUUAACUAUCAAAAAUGUUUAUUCUUUCACCUCAUGUUCACUAUGCAAAAGCGAUCCUCGUUUAUCCGAAAUAUGAUCCAACCAAAAAUUCAAAUAAUUUCAAAUUCACAUUGGCCCACCCCUCCUCAUGCCAUGGUGAGCCCUGACCAACCUCCAAUAAGGUAAUGUACCAGCUGGUCACUAUAAUAUAUUUAGCUUAGUAAUAACCAUAAAGUAGUUAGGUACUAAAUUAUAGUAGCGAGGUAGAUAUUUUUGUUGUUUGUGAUUUUUUUUAGUAUAAUAUUAGUUUUUUGUUAUUGUUAGAGAACUGAACCCUAUUUUUGCCAUCUGUUCUGUUUUUCACUAUCUGAACGGUUUUCAAGGAACCCAACCCAUUUGGAUAAUUUAAUGAGGGAUACGCACCUGUUGGUACUCGUGAUAUACAGUACAUUCUGAGUUGCAGUAUUUGUUGAUAGCUAUGGCUGAGUUUCUUUAUUUCACUCAGUUGUUGGGGAUGGCACUGUGUUUGCAACUCAUGAGACAAGUAUGAUCCACAAGAUAUGUGGAUGGUUGCUUUGAUGAUUUUUUUCAUGUAAUAUAAGGGAAAGCUGAUUUUUUUUAGUAAGAGGUACAUAUAUGGAAAUGCAUUUUAGUGGCAGCAAACUUUAGAUUGUGGCGUUAUAAUUCUGCAUUGGUAUUUCCUGGAGUUAUGGUGUGAUCUAACUGUUCCACUUAUUGAGUGUGACUUGAAGAGUUUAGGAAAGGGAUGUUGUUCAGUGACCAGGUGUAACUCCAGACAAGUUCACCUGCACAUAUUUAGGCCUUAUUUUCUCUCUCCCUCUCUGUCUCUUUUAUGAUGAUUUCAGUAUAACUUUUUCUAGAUACAGUAUAGGUUUGCAUAAAUCAUUUUUCUGAUGGAAAGGGACUCAGAGGGAAACAAAAUCUUACAUCAGUAAUGGAAAUCUUGCAUUAGUUGUAAGCUAACAUGAGUCUUAGAGUCUUCUUAACCAGACCUGUGAAGUUCUUGCCAGUAAGAUAAGGUUGAGCACAUGUAUACAAUAAAUGAUGAAGGGGUAAAAACAUUAAGCAUACCAAAUCAAAUGAGUAUUGCUGCAUCAUCAAUAUUUACAGACAUGUGUAAAUUUCCCCUAGAGACCCUGUCCACUUCUGAUAUAUACAGCAAUCAUUACAAUUUGUAUAAGUUGAUUGGUUGUUGGUUGGUACAGUAAUUGAAUCAUGUCACCACACUGGCAAAUUCACUGAUAAAGAAGUUCACUUAUGUAAAACUGACAGGAAAAAAAAUCAUAAUUUGCCAAUUUGGUUGCACAAACCUCUGAACAACCAUUAACUAAUGAACUAAAAAUUUUAAACUUUUAAGGAUACCACAACUAGGUGGAGCUUUAUUAAUAAGUUGAUUGUCAAAUGUUCAGUUAAUUGUGGCAGCCAAUAAUAUGUUGUAGUUUAUUGGGCUGUACAGUACAGUAGUUAGUAAACAUAAUUUGGUUAAACUCUGUUUUCUGUGAUAUGCUUAGAAUGAUUUAAAAAAUAUAUUUAUUGUUUAAUGUAUUUCUUCAUCUGUGUGUUGUCAUUAGAAACUUGCCUGCCACACUUUGAAGUAGGUUGUGUGUGAAGUACUGUUGAGAAGUUGGUCAUAUGUAAUAUACAGUGCAGUGCAAUACAGUACAGUACAGUAAUAAGGCAUCAAACACUGAAUGCUGUUCAUCGCUUAAAUAAGAAUCUCAUUGCUAAAUUCUCCAUGAAACAAUAGCAUCAGGCUGUUGAAAUUCUUAAUUCUGGAGUCUUUCCGCUUGAAAAGGUUCAGCUUUACUAAAGGUGCUUAAUACGUGAUUGAUUUUAUGUACAGAAUAUAUAAAACUAUUGACGCUCCAUCUGACUUUGACACAGUUUGAUGAUGGAACACUUGAAUUAUUGUAAAUUUGUAGUGAGGUUUGUUACGAUAUUUUUAUUUAUAAACUCUCCGUCCUGAGGAAUUAGUCAUCUUGUACAGGUGUACAGGCGUUCAGUGUUGGUUCCUUAAAUAGUAUAGGAUUCCCAGCCUGUUGAAGGAAUUUAGUCAUAAUAUCACCCUAACAUUGUACAAGCACCAGCUGUAGUAGACAGUUUUGGCUUAGUGCAGAGCAAGGUAAUGUAUUGCCUGAUCUAAUGGUUAUUUAUUAAAUGGACCCCAGUCCUAUUAGGGCCCAAAAUUACCUAACCAGUUGGAAUAGGGUCCAGUCCUUAUGAGUCCCAGCCCUAGUGGGUCUUACUCUGUAUGAUUAGGGUGUGUGGUGGCCUAUCAAGAGUGGGGCCCAUAUGAUAUUCAACCAGUAAGAUUACCAACCAUAUGAACACAAAAAAAAUGUCUUGAGUAUCAAUAAAUGUGUGUUUUAUAGUCUUGUUACUUGUGCAAUAUAUGCAUUAAUCAUGUUUUUUAUGCAACAAUGAUCGUUUUAUCCAUCAUCAUAUUGUAUUAAUUUUCUAGAAAACCAAUAUUUAUGAAAUAUAAUAUUUUAGCCUCAUUUGACAUUCAGGGUAUGAAGUGCCUGUUUCACUAGCUGGUUGUAGUUAUUUAGACUUUGUUUGUGUUAGUGAGAAGAGUCCAUGUUUUGUACACAUGAGAGAAUUCCAGAUAUAGAAAUAAUUGGGAACUGGGUUUAAUUAAUAAUUUUCUGCUUUUGAUUCUCCACAGUGCUAAACUUCGUACACUAUUGGACCUAAAACUUUUUAUUAAUGGUAUUCUUUAUUGAUUCUGCUGUGUUUGUGUUAUUGUUCCAUAAAAUGUCUCGUAGGUCAAUAUGGUAUUAUAAAGUAUUACAGUAAUGAUUUAUUUUUGGGUGGUACAAUAUACCUUGUAAUUACUAUCAUAGUUAUAUCUGCUUCCGUUUUUAUGUACAGGAUUAGAGUAUGGCACAAAUAUGUACAAUUUAUUAAUAUUUUUUUAGGCUGUGAAGAAACAUUCCAAGUGUGCAAGAUCUGUGCUUUAUGAUAAGGUUGUUGGGAUUCUGAAAAUAAUAAAAAUAAAGAUAUAAUUUUGCAUGAUCUCUUUAGUGUUAGUAUAUUUUGUACAAGAUCUGAAGUGUUUUAUGCACCAAGAUCAAUCAAGAUUUGUGAGCCAGGACAAAUGUUUCAGAAUUUCAGUCAACCUACCGGAACUUGUGCCUUCCAAGACAUAUAUAUCUGGUUUCUUACAUUUAAAGUUUAAUUAUAAUAUAUUCAUUAUUACAUGGUUUAAUAAAUGAGAGUAUUCCUAA